AGUUCACUCCAUGUGCAGAUAACAGAUCUCUGGAAUCACAUCCUUGUUCUGGAGAAUUCCGUAGAGGUAGCACUGAGCCCUAUUCUAUGCCUAAUUACCAUUUUCACAUUCCCCUUCAAACAGAGCUAACGCUUUAAAGACAAUAGAUUCAGACGCGUGUAUGGUUGCACCUGCCCACGCAGACCUCUUCCUGUCAUAAAAUAUUACAGAGGAAACUGAAUAUCAGAUUACAUAAAGUUGCAGGAGUCAAUGGAGAGGAUGAGAAAUGUGUGGUUCUUCAUCCUGUGUUUUCCUGCAGUCACCACACUGGGAGGACCAAGCAGAAGUUCUUCCAAACCCCACUUUGUGACUGCCAACCACAGAGGGGAGGUCACUCUCUUGUGUGGGCUUAAUGGCACAAUGAUUGGGGAAGAAUUCCAAGUUGUCCUCCAUCAAGGUGCGGUGCAUAUAACAACAGUGGUCUGCAUUGUUUUCUUCUCCAACUGGACAAUUCAGCCCUCAAAGACGAAAGAUCGGUUACGGUGUGAGUUUCAGUAUAGCCAAAGCAAUGUAUCCGUAACCAUCAAGGACCUCAAUGUGACCGACACAGACCGGUACAUUUGCAAUACUAGAAAAACAUACCCGCCACCUUAUCUGACGAUCUCCGGUCAAUGGACUAUCAUCCACGUCAAUCGGGUAGCCAGCUGUCCUCCAGAGGUGGAGACUGGUCAUUGGUUACCACUGACUGCGUUUUUCACCAGCCUAGCUGCACUGCUGCUCCUAUACAGUGUAUCUGUCACAGUGGUGUACUGCAGGCACAAGAUGAAGAUUGACGAGGUUUAUAUUAAUGUGAGGACAUAACAAGAUUCCGAAGAAGUCCAUGGCCUGAUUUCUUCCAGGGUCCAUGUGAUGACAUACCUCCCUAUAUCACCAGUUGAUUUCUUAGUUUAAGAAUCUCUGGCUAGCUGUUUAACUAUCUGCUGAAUCCCUCCCUUAGAACUGGAUUAUGUGGAAAGUUGAUGUGGUUUCAGUAUGGAAGUGUUUAUUCUAAUCUUGGGAACUGACAAUUAGUUAACAGCCUCGUUCUUCAUCAUUAUACAUAAGAUAAGAACUUCAAUAAACUUUAGCAUGUGCAUGUUUUGGCAUCAUUUCAAAGUAGUACUUACACCACAUGGUGUUAGGUUUCAAUUCAGAUUGUUCUUUACUUUGGAUGUGGGCUCAAUGAUAUAGAGGUCAUUGGAAAGUUACUGGAAAAACAGGUCUGAACCACUGAGCUCAAGUACCAUCAUGUAGUACCAUCAUGUAGUACCAUCAUGGAAGUAAGGAAUUUAACCUUAAUAAGUAAAGAAUGUCCUAUAUUGGUUUCAAUAAUGGUAGCCGUGAAACUAAUGAAUUGUAGAGGGAACUUGCUGUCAUUACCAAGUGAAACUGCCUGAUUUAUUAAUCAGUUGUAGUUGUGGACAUGCAUAUUCAGCAGCUGAGCACUGUCGAUUCACUGAUGGGAAUACAUGAGAGACAGAGAUACUGAACAUACCUUCAACAUAAAUGUCAGGCAUCAACAUGACUCCUGAUAAUAAAGACCCAAAACAAGACCAUGGAAAACAUAAAUCAUGAAGAUACCGAAAGGAGGAGGAGAUAGUAAUUCUGUUUUUACAGCUUCUACUACCAUUUGUUAAGGUCCUCUACCUAGAGGCCAUAUUCUAUUGCUCUCUGCAUAUUGAGGCCUCAUGAACCUAAAAAUGUAUCUGUCUACUUUUAGAAACAUAGAAACAUAGAAAUUAGGUGCAGGAGUAGGCCAUUCGGCCCUUCGAGCCUGCACCGCCAUUCAAUAUGAUCAUGGCUGAUCAUCCAACUCAGUAUCCCGUACCUGCCUUCUCUCCAUACCCCCUGAUCCCCUUAGCCACAAGGGCCACAUCUAACUCCCUCUUAAAUAUAGCCAAUGAACUG